AUGGAGCAAGAGCACAUGUGUGACUGUGAUACGGUUAUUUUCACGUGUUCUAACGCGAAGAACAUCGCCACCCUUUUCGUAUCUGGCCAAGAACACACACUCGAGGAUCAAUUUUCAUCACCGGUUGAAGACUCCUUCACGCCGACCAUCCAAUCGGCUACACCGGCGACAACGACGUUGCCAACUUAUUCAGUUCUCAACGUGUUGUCGGACCCAAAUCAAUCACAAAGAGGUUGGGGAAAAGCUGGGAGGCUUUACAUCAGAAACUUGCCAUAUGCGAUUACUUCUGCAGAAUUGUCCCAAAUAUUCGUAGAAGCUGGCGAUGUAAUUUCCGUGGAGAUUGUUUAUGAUAGCGUAACAGACAGGAGCAGGGGAUUCACAUUUAUUACAAUGGCAAGUGUUCAAGAACCUAAAGAAGCCAUUAGAAUGUUUAACGGAUCGCAAAUCAGUGGACGAACAGUGAAGGUAAACUUCCCGGAGGUGCCAAGAGGAGGUGAACGGGAAGUGAUGGGCCCAAAUAUUAGAAGCAGUAACAGAGAUUUUAUCGGAAUCCCUCACAAGAUCUAUGCAGAUAACCUUAGCUGGAUCAUAACUUCUAAGAAGCUCAAAGAUACUUUCGAUGAACAACCUGGUUUUUUGAGCGCAAUGGUGAUCUACGAGAAACAAUCAGGGAAAUCUCAAGGUUUUGGGUUUGUCACUUUUAGCUCUCCCGAGGCUGCAGAAUAUGCACUUAACGCUAUGAAUGGACUGGAGGUUGAGGGUCGGCCUUUGCGAUUGAACUUGGCAGAAGGAAAAAGAGAUGUGUCUCACUCAACAAGAACAGGAAGAAGUUCUGAGAUCAAUGUCGAUGGGAGUGAGAUCCUUUCAAGUAUUAGCUCCUAA